UUCAGGUUUUCGUCACAGCGUAGUUGUCGUAACAGCGUAGCCAUUCGUAGAAUUUGUCGUGGUCGAGUUUUUUGUGUCUCCGAGCGAGGAAGAAAGAUUAUCGCGAGUGUUAAAAUUAUAAAGUCUUCAAAUCUUCGAGUGUCAAAGGUGUCCUGAGAGUAAUUGAAUUCCUGAGUUCAGUGAUUUCGAACAGCAGGAAAAAUUUUGUCCAGGUGCCAAAAUUUUAGUUUGAUCAUCUCGUUGAUUCGACCAGCUUUAUUUGUUGCAAUUCUAUUUGAAUUAUCGCUAGAACGGAAAAUUUAAAAGUGCACUCCAACAAAAUUUUAGUGUGGGAUUUCCUGCAAUUUUGUAUCUUCAAUCAUUUCGUUGGUCAGGGACACUAGUAAACAGUCUGUGCUCGGCAGUGAUUCAUUCGUAAUUGUGUAUCGGCAGCAGUAGCAGAGUAGUAACCCGAAAAAAAGCUAGCAGUUCCAGCAAAAAUGUCUUCGCAGCCGUCCAGUUCAGCAGUUCGCGCUCUAUCGCUGGAAUAUAAAAGUCUCCAGGAGGAGCCCGUUGAAGGCUUCCGUGUGAAGCUUCUGAACGAAGAUAAUCUGUUUGAAUGGGAAGUGGCUAUCUUUGGGCCACCAGACACUCUCUACCAGGGUGGUUAUUUCAAGGCGCACAUGAAAUUUCCACCAGAUUAUCCGUACUCACCGCCAUCUAUAAGGUUCUUAACUAAGGUUUGGCAUCCUAAUGUGUACGAGAAUGGUGAUCUUUGCAUCUCGAUCCUGCAUCCGCCAGUAGACGAUCCGCAGAGCGGUGAACUUCCCUGUGAACGAUGGAAUCCUACGCAAAAUGUUAGAACUAUCCUGUUGUCCGUGAUCUCCCUGUUGAAUGAACCGAACACUUUUUCCCCGGCGAAUGUAGACGCUUCGGUUAUGUACAGGAGAUGGCGAGACUCGCAGGGCAAAGAUAACGAAUAUCCCAAUAUCAUUAGAAAACAAGCACAAGCAGCCAAGGCUGAAGCGGAAAAAGAAGGCAUUAUUGUACCGACAACGCUGGAAGAAUACUGCAUUAAAUCCAAGACGAAACCGAGCGGUCAGGAGCCACAGCUUGACAUGACAGACUUCUACGACGAUGAUUACGAUCUGGACACCGAAGAUGAUGAUCAAGCGUCAGUGGAAUCUUUUGCCGACGGAGACGACAGCGGUAACGGAGAGUCAUAACAGACCAACUGAGGUAGUGUUAAUUCUAUUUAAUUUACUUUGCAUAGUUAUAAUGAAAAAAAUGAAAAAAAAACUGGCGAAUGCAAAUAAAAGAAUGCAGAAAAUAUGAAAAAAAAUUAAUGAAUGAUGUAGUUGCGUACUACAGCAACUAUCCGGUUGCAGCUUUUGAAACGUUAUAGCGCAGACAUUGAGCAACGUUUAUGUUAUAAUUUGCAUAAAAACUCUUGUAAAAUCUGGCAUUGGAGAAAUUUGCUUUUUUAAAAAAUUGGAACAAGUGAUAGAAUCAGUCUAACAUAUUGGUUAAACCUUGCUAUUGAAUGUUCUCUUUCUCCGCUGUUUAGCAUUUUGAAAGCAACGUAACAAGGUUUAGUGUAAAUAAACAAAAACAGAAAUGGGCCUGCAUAAUGAAUUGCAGCGGCAGUUUCAUUUACAGGCGCGUAAAUGUAAAGUAAAUUCGAAAACAUGUUUUCUUUUAUUUUCCGAUAAAUAUUGCACAGGCAAUUUUAUCGGAAAUUAUCGGUUGCUGUAGUAGAAGUAUGUAGCAGUCGCUGUAAGGUAAAAUAGUGCUCGCAGGAAGAAAUCCAUCACAUACACCAAUAGCAAAUAUCACGAUACAACAAUAAUGAAAUCGUCAAACUGGUAUGUUUCAUUCCUUGUGACUAUUUUGAAGUGCGUACUUUUCGAAAGUUCUCUUCUCAUCGAUUUUCUGGCAAAGUCUAGUGUCUCGACUAUCCAUCUAUGUAAAAUAUAUUUAAUUCCCGCGCUGAUUAUCAGCAGAAAGUUUAACAAAAAUUAUUUUCCGCUUUGUCGUCACGAAUAGUGCAGCGAAUUUUCGAAGCAAUAUAUAGUGGUAAAACGUUCAUGAAGUAUAUUUAAAUAAAGCAGCAGUGUCAGACAUAUUAUAAAAUAACAGAGUUGCUUCUAGUAAGCCCAGCUAAUUAUCUCAAUCUUUUCUCUCAUAGUGAGUAGCGUUAAGAAUAAGAUCGCGUACAGCCAAGUUACGAGGAAAAUAACUAUGUUCAAGCGGUACUUUGAUUUUUGUCACAUUUUUUUUUAUUUUAGUUUUGUAAACAUGUGUAGUGUAUACCUAUUGAUUUUACAUAACCAGAAAAUAUAAGGAAUUUAUUUUAUUUUUACAU